AUGAUCUCUACCAUGCACCUGAACACCAACAUGCCUCCAUCUCCUUUGAAACGAUCCUUUGGGUCCUUCAAUUCUUCCUCCUCUUCUCUCAUGGACCUGAACGCCUUUGGCCUAUUCGACCUGGACAACCUCAGCACAAGCGCCAGCGUUACCGACUUACAAUUGAAAGGCUUGAAAAGCGGACUUGACGAUGACCAGAGUCAGAGCCAGAGCAGUCUCAUGUGUAAGUUGGAAAAUGACCUGGACCUCGAUAUGAAUAUGGACUUGGGCCUGAACUUGACUGAUGGUCAAAAGCCCUUCAGUCUCCUUGGCAGCCUCAUUCAAGCAGAGCAAAAACACGACCAACAAGAUGAUCAGCAAGAAGAUGACCAGCAACAAGAUGACCAACAACAAGAUGACCAACAAGAUGAUCAGCAAGAAGCACAAGAACAGGAAGAACCGCCCAAGAAGAAGCUAAAGUUGCAAGCCAAAGCUGAACCUCAAGCCAAAGCAAAAGCUGAACCACAGCCAGCUAAGGUUACUACUAUUAAUAGUACGGUAGAAGCGGAACAAGCAGAGCCAGAGCCAGAACCAGAACAAGCAGCUUGCCCUUACUUGCUCCAUCAGCUCUGCCAAGCCUUUCCCACUGACAAGUGGAUCAUCAACACUGCUCUGAUGCUAGAAGAAAAGGUGGCUGACGUGCCCGCCUCCAUUCCUGUCUUGGUCGGUUCCAAGGUUGCCACGGGCAACCAUGGCAAGAUUGUCGCUAUGCAAGCCAAGUCCUCGAAGAAAGACAAGAAGAAACCCCUUAUCGACUUUGCCUACCCGGUCAACAUUGCCAUCAACAACCAAGCAUCCUCUGAUGUCGUAAAGGUAUUGGCAAACGCAGCACCACAAGUCUUGGUACAACCGGAAGCUCCCAGUGGCCUCACUACCUUGCAGAUUGCUCUGCAGAAGCAACCCAAGAACUUCAAACUCAUUCAGGCUCUCCUGCAGGCAAACCCAACUUCCAGUCAAGUCCUCACCAACCGAAAGAGCACACCCCUUCACAUGGCCUGUCAAAAGGGAUGUCCUCUACCCAUUGUUCAGGCUAUCUUCAAGGCAAACCCAGCUGCUCUACACCAACAAAACCUACAUGGAGAGACACCCCUCUUGCUGGCUGAACGCACUCUCAUCUGCCCAGAGGACGUUGCAAACUACUUGCAAGCUCAUGCCAGUCGAAGACUGCGCAAGUAG